ACCCGUUAGAAAAGCUUGAGGACCGUCCAUUUUUAAGUGGCGAGAGACACCGUCACCUACAGAGCCACAGAAGCAAUCGUGCUCUCAGGAUGAUUUCAUUCAGGCAAGCAGCUUAUCUCACCUGCUUUUUUGCUACGGUUUCCUGUGGAUGUCUGACUCAACUAUAUAAAAAUACCUUCUUCAGAGGAGGGGACCUAACCGCCAUGUACACCCCGAAUGCCCAACACUGUCAGAUGAUGUGUACCUUCCAUCCUAGGUGUUUGCUCUUCAGUUUCCUUCCUGAAAGUUCCACUAAUGACACAGACAAAAGAUUUGGUUGCUUCUUGAAAGACAGUGCUACAGGAACCCUGCCCACAGUGUCACGGACGAGUGCAAUUUCUGGACAUUCCUUAAAGCAAUGUGGUCGUCAAAUAAGUGCUUGUUACCGAGACAUUCAUAAAGGAAUUGAUAUGAGAGGAGUUAAUUUUAAUGUCUCUAAGGUAAAAAGUGUUGAAGAAUGCCAAAAAAAGUGCACCAACAGCAUUCACUGUCAAUUUUUCACGUACGCCACUGAAAGAUUUUACAGUGCGGAGUACCGAAACAGCUGCCUUUUAAAGCACAGUCCAGGAGGAACGCCCACCAGGAUAAAGGUGCUGACUAAUGUGGCAUCUGGAUUCUCUCUGAAGCCCUGUGCACUCUCAGACAUUGGUUGCCGCAUGGACAUUUUCCAGCACCUCGCAUUUUCAGAUGUGGACGUCGGCAGAGCUGUCGCCCCAGACGCCUUCGUGUGUCAAACCAUCUGCACCUACCACCCCAACUGCCUCUUCUUCACGUUCUACACAAAGGCGUGGCGUCAACAGCCGCAGAGAAAUGUUUGCUUUCUUAAGACUUCCAAAAGCGGGACACCAAGUUCCCCUACUCCUCAGGAAAACGCCGUAUCUGGAUAUAGCCUUUUAACCUGCAAAGCCUUGCCUGAGCCCUGUCAUUCCAAAAUUUACUCAGAAGUUGAUUUUGAAGGGGAAGAACUGAAUGUGACCUUUGUUGAAGGAGUGAACGUUUGCCAAGAGACUUGUACAAAGAUGAUUCGCUGUCAGUUUUUUACUUAUUCUUUACGCCCAGAAGACUGUAGAGGAGAGAAGUGCAAGUGUUCCUUACGAUUAUCUUCGGACGGUUCCCCAACUAGGAUUACGUAUGGGACACAUGCGAGCUCUGGUUAUUCUUUGAGGUUGUGUAAAAGUGGGGACGGGUCUGUCUGCACAACAAAAACAAACACACGCAUUGUUGGCGGAACCAACUCCUCUUGGGGAGAGUGGCCCUGGCAAGUCAGCCUGCAAGUGAAGCUCAAAGAUCAGAGCCACCUGUGCGGAGGGUCAAUCAUCGGACACCAGUGGGUCCUAACUGCCGCCCAUUGCUUUGAUGGGCUUCCCUUGUCGAAUGUUUGGCGCAUUUAUAGUGGCAUUUUAAAUCUGUCAGAGAUAACAAAAGAAACACCUUUCUCACAAAUAAAAGAGCUUAUUAUUCACCAAAAUUACAAAAUCUUAGAUGGCAGUGGUCAUGAUAUUGCCUUAAUAAAACUGAAGACUCCUUUGAAUUAUACAGGUACGUAUGAUUUUUUUUUAAAUGCCCUUAAUGAAAAGUUCAUUAUUCUGAUUUGCUUUCAGACUUUAGUAUUUUCAGACUCAUUGUAUUUCCUCCUUCUGAAGUUUCAUAUUGGUUACCUCAUAGGGGAAAUCCAAAAUACCCUGCAAAAGGCAAAUAUUCCUUUGGUACCCAAUGAAGAAUGCCAGAAAGCAUAUAGAGAUUAUGAAGUAACCAAACAGAUGAUCUGUGCUGGCUAUAAAGAAGGAGGGAAAGAUGCCUGUAAGGGAGAUUCGGGCGGUCCCUUAGUUUGUAAACACAACGGAAUCUGGCAUUUGGUGGGCAUCACCAGUUGGGGUGAAGGCUGUGCCCGCAGAGAAUAUCCAGGUGUCUACACCAAAGUUGCUGAGUAUGUGGACUGGAUUUUAGAGAAAACACAGUUCGGUGAUGGGCACACCGGUCUUUGAUGAAGACAGCAGCGCGAAGAAGAGUUAUAAAGGUGGGAAAGAGCCCACUUUGUAGCGUGAGUUUUACAACUUGGGUCCAAUUCAAACACUGGGCUUUGGGGCCCUCGUCUGCAAAAACGUGGAGUGGUAUCUACUCCGUGUCCUUGUCAUAAGGGCAAAAAGAGACAAUGCACGCAAAGCUGCUGAGGGAAAUGUCACGCGGAGGCGAGCUUAUCAGUAAUAACGCUAAUGACGGGAGAUAGCAACUGGACAUUUCCGUGAUUAAUUAUUGUGAAAUAAAAUAGCAAAAAAUGUGA